CUGCGGCUAUCACUAGAAGGGAGACGCAGUUUACGGGGGAAUUUUAAUGACUUUUUUCUGAGACUGGAUUCAAUUUAAGAUGGUGUCUCUGUAUAGUUUAGCUGUGUUACUUCUGCUGGGAUGUACAGUUGGACAAAGACCAAGAGUUAGACCAGUUCGGCGUGACCAGCUGGAAGCAGCUUUCAACACACUUCCUGAAAUAUUUUUCGCGGGAGAGUUUCGAACACCCCAGCAGACGAGACAAAAUUUAGUUUUAACAAGAGUGCAGAGCCACGCCCUGAGGACGUUGUUCGAGAUAUCAGUGGAUUUUAGACAGCCACAAGUGAUUGUGCGCAUACGCACUCGGGACUCGAGUCUUCAUCAACUGGCGUUCCCGACAAGAGCGCUUCAUCAAAAUGACCGGAAGCGCUUCCUUCUGCACUUCUCAGAGCUGGACCAGCCAUCCAAUAAAAUUCGGCUUUUUGUGGACUGUGAAAACAUGGGCCUCGACACGACGGAAGUUCCUAUCAGACUCAAUGUUUUAGGAAACGUCAGUGUUAGAACAGCCAGCAACUUCCACUUCUACAGCCGGACGUCUCUGAGCCACAUGCUCGCCUCCCAGGGGUGUGGCCGGGACGCCUUCAAGGAGGCCGUCACCACGGAGGCGCCCAAGUUGGAGGUUCCAGCGUGGGCCUCGGAGAGGUUCAGCCCCCAGAGAAACGACCCCUCCACACCACAGCGUCCCCCAGUGUCGCCGCCGGUAUCACAACCAUCACGGAGACCAAGACCACUUCCCGAGACUGUCAGCUUGAGCAAUCGUAUCGAUACUUCUUAUUCAGACCCUAGAGACGCGCAGCUACAGAUGGUGCAGGCGAUACUAGAACUAACCACGACCAUCCAAGCUCUCCAGCGGGAGAUCCAAGGGCAGGAGAGAGAAACCCGAGAACUACGCGAAGUGAUAGCAAAUUGUGCCAUGUGCAGAGGAAGUUUACGUGAUGCUCCCAGGCCCAAACCGGUGAAUCGACGAAGGUGCUCAUCGAGCCCGUGUUUCCGUGGUGUCAGGUGUGUCGACACGGAGGAAGGAUUUCGCUGUGGGGCGUGUCCACGUGGUUACCGUGGUGACGGUAUUACCUGUACCCGGCAUACGUCGUGUCGAGAUAACCCGUGCUACCCAGGUGUGCGCUGCGUCGACAUGGAGGGUGGAUACAGGUGCGGCUCGUGCCCAGAGGGGCUGACCGGGGACGGAACACGGCGGGGGUGCAACCCAGUGAAGAUCACGUGUAGAAACAGACCGUGUUUCCCGGGUGUGCGUUGCCAGGAUACACCAGAUGGAUUCAUUUGUGGUCCAUGUCCCACAGGAUACUCCGGCAACGGAACGCAUUGCGAGGAUAUAGACGAAUGUGUAUACAGUCGCCCAUGUGACCGACUAGCUACGUGUGAGAACCUCACCCCGGGGUUCACGUGUUCGGCCUGUCCUCCGGGAUACACGAGUCCACCAAUACAGGGGGUUGGUAUCGCCAGUGCUCAGCGGCAGAAACAGAUCUGUCGAGAUAUUGACGAGUGUGAGGAAGAGUCGAACUGUGUUCCAAACUCCGAGUGUAGAAACACACCGGGUUCGUAUGCAUGUGGAAGGUGUCUGCCCGGUUUCCAAGGCGACCAGACAGUUGGCUGCACACCUGAAGGAGUACUCUGUCCAGACGGCACGACACGGUGCCAUAAAAAUGCAAAAUGUGUAAAACGUCGCGGUAUAGACGGCUACAUAUGUCAGUGUGCAGUCGGCUAUGCUGGGGAUGGGAAGAUGUGUUUCCGGGAUACCGACUUGGAUGGAAUACCAGAUGAAGAAUUGAAGUGCAGUGACCGGACCUGCAGAAAGGACAACUGUAGGGAGACGCCUAACAGCGGUCAGGAGGACGCCGACGGCGAUGGGCUGGGCAACGCCUGUGAUGAUGACAUGGACAACGACGGUAUCAUCAACAAUCCUGACAACUGUCCGCUGGUUCCGAACCCAGACCAGUUGGACUCGGAGCGAGACCCGGAUAGGACGGGAGACGCAUGUGACAACUGUCCCACCGUGCCCAACCCAGACCAGACGGACACGGACACGGACGGGCUGGGAGAUAACUGCGACCCUGACAUGGACAACGAUGGAGUCCUGAACGAACACGACAACUGUGUGCGCGUGAAGAACGCCGACCAAACGGACGUGGACGGGGACGGCGUGGGCGACGCCUGCGACAACUGCCCUUACAAGAAGAACGCCAACCAGUUUGACUCCGACAACGACCUGAUUGGAGAUGUAUGCGACACAAAUGCUGAUGAAGACAAAGAUGGAAUCCAGAAUAACCGAGACAACUGCGUGAGGACACCGAACUCUGAUCAGAUAGAUACCGAUAAAGAUGGAUUAGGUGACGCCUGUGACGAUGACGACGACAACGACGGGAUCCCCGAUGCCUCCGAUAACUGUCCGCUUGUCGCCAACCCUGACCAGCUCGACCAGAACAGAAACGGUAAGGGAGACGUGUGUGAGAAUGACCAGGAUGGUGACGGACACCCGGACAUGUUUGACGUGUGUCCGGACAACGGCGAGAUCUACGCUACAGACUUCAGGGCGUAUCAGACUGUGAUCCUCGACCCAGAGGGAGACUCGCAGAUUGACCCCAACUGGAUCAUCCUCAACCAGGGAGCAGAAAUAGUUCAAACAAUGAACAGCGAUCCUGGUGUUGCCGUCAGUUUCAACGCGUUCAGCGGCGUCGACUUCAGCGGAACGUUCUUCGUGAACACGGAAGUGGACGACGACUACGCCGGCUUCAUCUUCAGCUACCAAGACAGUGCGAGCUUCUACGUGGUCAUGUGGAAGAAGAGCACCCAGACGUACUGGCACCCCACCCCAUUCCGCUCCGUGGCCGAGCCCGGCAUACAACUCAAGCUCGUCAAGUCAGUCUCCGGACCCGGGGAGAUCCUCCGCAACUCUCUCUGGCACACAGGAGACACGAAAGACCAGGUAAAACUGUUGUGGAAAGAUCCUCGAAAUGUUGGAUGGAAAGAAAAAACGGCUUACAGGUGGGAGCUGAUUCACAGGCCCGCCAUUGGACUCAUCAGAGUGCUGCUGUUUGAGGAGACGGAGCUGGUGGCCGACUCGGGGAACGUGUACGACUCGACGUUACGCGGGGGGAGACUGGGAGUCUUCUGCUUCUCCCAGGAGAUGGUCAUCUGGUCCGACCUCGUGUAUCGCUGUAACGAAUAUAUUCCACGAGGUUUGCUGGAAGAAGGCGAGGGUGAUGUUAAUGAAGGUUUUGAUUAUGACGAAUAAACCAAUCAAAAGACUUCACACAUCACAGGACUCCAAGUGUAAUGACGUCACAAAGAAGAGGGCAUGUUAAAUCCGAUUGUGAUACAAGUCCGCUUAUAUUUGGAUACCAGCCUGCUUCUUUGAAACUGGACAAAUGCGUUUUAAAAAGAAAUACUGUGUGGUUUGAUACACCAGCACAGACAAUGUUAAAACAUUCUAUGGAAUUUGAUUCACACAAAAACCUAAUUAGAAGGCAUGGAUGCAAAGUAGAAAAACAACACCUACAUUUUCUCAGAAUUUAUUUCAAAUGGCAGAAAUAACAUUAAAACCCCCAAACAUUGUUAUAAUAUGUAUGCGUGCCUUUGCUUAUGAUAUUUACAAAUCUGGACUCAGUUUUACAAUGCUGGAUUCAAAUUCUAAACUUUAAAGCUUGAUACUUUUGUUUGAUCACAUUGAUCUUUGAUUUGGGAAAAUCAGUUUCAAUUAUGGGUGAUGGAAAGUUGUAGAUUUUCACCAUGCAUAUAGAUCACCAUUUAGUUAGUUUAGUCAUAAUACAUACAUAUAUACCGGGCCAAACCGCCUAAAACGAGGGAUGGCAGUACAAAACGAAUCGAGGAAUAGUAAUGGGGGAGGGGGUCUUCUCCAGAAGAUAAAUUGCUAGUUUUACCUACAAUGGCAUUUUUUUACAUAUUUAUUCAGAGGUGUACAUUGUACCAGCGCUACGUACGACCCUGUUACAUCGGUCUUAGGACUGGUGAAGGCAAAUUAUUUAACACACCUACCAUGUAUAAAAAUAUAAUUAAACAUUGGCAUCACUUGUAUUCAAGAACUAUCCAGCAGUUGGACAUUGAUAAAAAAUGAUAAUAAUAAUAUUAGUAAUAAUAAUAAUAAUAUAUUGUAGAAAAGAAAUCCACAGUGAGCUACAAUAAAAAUUUAGAUAAUCAAACUUGCUUUGAUAUUUAUAUCGUAAACUGCAAAAUGUAAAUACAGUCAAACAUCGUUAUAUCGAUGUUGCAUGAACAGAAAUGAACUAUUCGAGCUAUCGGUGGUUAGAGACCAGCAUAAUCGUUGUUUCCGAAAAUUAUACCAUGGACCAAUGAUUUCUCAAUAUCGAGGGAUGUCGAGAUUACAGAGGUUCGAGAUAACGAAAUAUGAUUAUAUAUUGUAAUUUAAAUAAUUUGAAAGGCUGUAUUGACGGAAACUGAAUGGCUACAAGAGUGGGACAGUUCCUUUACAAAUAAAGUUGUUUGCAAAGGCUGGUCAAAGGGAGGGGCCAGGGACCUAUCUCAACCUAAACAAAUUUCGAAUUGACCCUUUUUGGAAUAAUUUGUUUACAAUUUUAAUUUAACGAAUGGCCAACGUUAAUUGAAGUAAACUUUGCAGUAGUUGGUCUAUGUGCCCUUUUGCCCUUGGUUCCCUCUCUAAAAUAUUUCCUGGGUCUGCCCUUGGUUUGUCUGACCUAGUGCACUUCCAUGUGGUCAUUUCGUUAACAGCCAUUACCCGAGGUAAGAUAAAUAUUACAUUAUUUAUGCAGCAUACAUAUGUGAUCACUGCUCGGCUCUCGAACACCAGUAACCAGAUCUUGAACAGUACCUGGAUUAACCAUGCAUCUGGGAAAAACCCCAAGAAAGAAACAAAAAAACUACAAAAAUCCCGCACGAGACCGGGGGACGGGGGCAACUGCCCCCUAGUACUAGAGCAAUACAUCAAAUUCGGGCACAAAUUAUAGAUUAAUUCGGGACAAUUGUGCUAAACUGAGACCUUUUUACCAUGUAUUUCCACCAUUCUACCCUCAACAUAAGUUGUAAUCCAUGCAACAAUGCGUAAUGAUUCGUUUGCAACCCUAUAUAGCUGUUUGGUAAUAAUGCUAAUAUAAAUAAAUGUUGUUAUUCAGAUUCGGGCAUUUUCGUUUAAUUCAGGCAAAAACCAGCCUACCAACAACAACAGAAGUCGGUGUAUUUAAAACAGCUUGUUGUGUAUCAAUAUUCAUAACUGUUGUCAUUUUUAUUUUCAUAUAUGUCUCACAUAACAGAAUCCGGGCAUCAACUACUAGCUAGGUUUUCAGUUGUAUCCUAGUCAGUUAUCGAUCUUGGAAAAAACUCCAAACUAUUUGCCAGUUUGUAAUCGAGUAGCUAUGGUAAAUAUAAGACAUCACGGUAAGAAUAACACUCCAGUGUACAACAGUACAUGGAAAUGAAAUGUAGUGAAUUUUGUUUUCUCGAAAUAAAGUUGUACAAUUUUUG